AAGAGGAGCUGCGAUCUAGUCGCAGUUUCUACCUUUUAGCGGUCGCUUGUAACGUCAUUACUGUGCGCCGGAAGCAGCUCUCUUUGAACGGCUGCGUGGUGGUGCCUGGAGUUGGACGUGUUCGUGGGGAUUGGCGCGAUGAUCCGGCUCGCGCUUCCGUGGUUGGGUCGGGGAGCGGCCUCGCGGGUUUUGUCCACCGUGUCCAACCAGAAGGGUCUUUCGGGCACAUCUGGCGUUGUUGCCAAUGAGGUGGAUGGAGCAGCUCUCCCAGCAACGUGCCCCGGUGGGCUCUCUAGAGAUCCCAUCCUACGAAAAUGCAACAGUGCUGUCCCCAAACACCUUGUACCUGUCCAGGCCUGGGUGGAGUCUUUGAAGCAUUAUGAUGCCCGAUUUGAGGGCUUGACGGACCUGCACCCAGACGUGUUUGCCGUCAUGCCGCGCAUUGAUAUCUUGCACACGGUGGCUAUUUGGCAGAAGAAUUUCAAAAGAAUUAGUCAUGCCAGGACCAAAACACGAGCCGAGGUGCGUGGCGGGGGCAGGAAACCCUGGCCACAGAAGGGGAGUGGACGGGCCCGGCAUGGCAGUAUCCGUUCGCCAUUGUGGCGUGGGGGUGGCGUGGCCCAUGGUCCCCGUGGCCCCACCAGCUACUACUACAUGCUCCCCAUGAGGAUGCGCGUCUUGGGCCUCAAAGUGGCACUGACGACCAAGCUGAUGCAGGAGAAUCUCCACAUUGUCGACUCUCUAGAGAUACCAACCUCAGACCCCCAGUAUCUGACUGAUCUGGCCCGUUACAGACGCUGGGGGGGAUCGGUGCUGAUUGUGGAUGUCAAUGAGAUACCAGAGGACAUGAAGUCUGCAGUUAGCAGUCUUAAAACUAUCACAGUCAUUCCCGCAAUAGGCCUCAACGUGCACAGCAUGCUGAAAUAUGAGAGUCUGGUGCUGACCCUGGAUACUGUCGCCUUCCUGGAAGAGAAACUCCUGUGGCAUGACGCGCGAUACCGCCCGCUGUACCCUUACCGGCUGCCCUACAGUGACUUCCCGUAGCGUUUUGCACCGGAGACGGACUGGGCCGGGGGCCGCACGGGGAGCUAAAAUAGCUUCCUGUUCCGCCCGCCAAAGCAAACUCUCCUGCGGAAAUCCUCACCUGUCCCUCGGCAGAGGUGAACCGCCCCCCAAAAAAUUUAAAUUAAAAAAGUUACGCAGAA